AUGGCACACGAAGGCUCGAGGCAGGAGAGGCAGACCCGAGACCGUGGGGUGACCAGAUCCAAGGCGGAAAAGGCCCGGCCGCCCACAGUGCCUGUGCCGCAGGUGGACAUCGUACCUGGGCGGCUCAACGAGUCGGAGUGGAUGGCGCUGGCGGCUAUUGAGGAGGGCGAGGACGUGGUGGGGGACAUCUUGGCCGACCUGUUGGCUGGAGUCAUGGACUCUGCUUUCAGAGUCUACCUAACCCAACAGUGUAUUCCAUUCACCAUCAGUCAGGCUCGAGAGGCAAUGUUGCAGAUCACCGAGUGGCGCUUCCUGGCCCGGGACGAGGGAGAGUCCUCAGUGGCGGAUGACCCCAUGUGGGGUGAGGACGAGGAGCCCCUGGCGUGCGCUACAGAUGCCUGGGCGCAAGGUUCGGUGCCUGUGCUGCAUGCGCCCACUUCUCUGGGGCCUGAGGGCACCUUGCAAGGCGAAGACCGAGAGAGCGUGGACCGCAGCCCUUUAAGAUCUUGGACAGGAAGAAACUUCCAGGAGCAGAUGGAAUCUUCGGAGCGGUCACCAGAACCGGGAGACAGCCUGGGCCCCCUGCCCACCCUGGAGACAGAGCCCAGGGACCCUUUAGGGAAACUGGACGACCAAGGUUCCACUGCUGAGUCCUUCAAUGCGAGUUUCUAUCCAUCAGGGGAAAUGGCGCCUGACGGCAGUCCCCAGUGUUCUCAGGAGCAGUUCCUGGAAGCCACCUUCCAGGCAUCAGUGGAGAGUGGGCCCCCCAGCUCCCAGCUCUCACUUGAGGACCUGUAUUAUUGCGCGCCCCAGCCCGCUGUCGACGACGACACGGCGGGAGACAGUGUCAAACUCAAGAAGGACGAAGUUUCCCGCAGCGAUUCGGGCAUGUUGGUGUCUUGCCCAUCUGCAGAAACCCUCACCUGGCUCAGCCGGUCAGCGUCACACUGGCCUCUGCAGCCCAAGCUGAACUCGCUUAACUACAGGGCCGGCCGCCAAGUGGCGACCGCUCGCCUGAACCCCGGGCAGAUGCCGCGCCACUGGGUACGCCCCCUGGUGGAGGUCGUGGUCCCAGACUCCGAGGCGCGCCCCCUGUACACUUAUCGUGGGCGCUGGCAGAGCAAGAAGACCGAGGUCCGCGGUACACUCCAAGUACUGGGUCCUGGCGGUCAGGUCUCGCCAGCAGCGUACCUCCCUCUCCAGCCUGACGUUUCUUCCCAUUCCUUGGGACCUGAUCCGGGCCUCCAAUUCCCCACUUCAGGUUUACUGUCGCCAGCCUUCAGGUCUAAGCUGCCUUUCCCCAGGCCGAGGCUCCGCUGCAUCACCAAAUACCCAGCACUUCCCAGCAUGGCUCCAAGCCUCAGCCCCAAGCUGUGGCCCAGUGCCAAGAGGCGCAGCGGCUGGGAGGGAGAGGCGGAGCUGCUGGGUGAGAUGGGUGCUGGCUGUACCUGUAUACAGGGCUUGGACCCAGCAGACCAAGAGGGACACAAUUCUGGCAAGUGGCCUCGGGUCCUCGAGGCCACCUCCCGGGUGAUGUGGAAGCCCGUGCUGCUGCCAGAUGCCAUGGAAUUGGCUCCUGGUGUGAGCUUGUGGAACUCUAGCACCCAGGCACUGCUCAGUUCUGGGAAGCCCCAGCAGGAUAAAGAAGGCCACAUCUCUCUUCCCAUGGAGCAGCACCCCAUCCAGAGAAGUGCCCCAAAGCCCCAAGUGACCGUGGCACAGCUAUUGAAGAACUCAACCCCCAAAGUGUGGUUACUCCCUUCCAAGAACCAGCCCCAGUCUGGGCCCUGA